CAACCACGAGUCUCCUCUCUCCCAUCUUUCCUGAUCAAAGCGACGUGAGAUGACACCCAUCUCGCUCUACGGUCUCGUGACCAUUCCAUUCCUGGUUUUUCUGAUCUUCACAGAGAUCGCGGUAGCCGCAAGCACUUUUUCGGGAGGCGCCGCUAUCAUCAGCGACGCCUCAAUAGUUUCCAAGCAAAUCUUUGACUACAUUAUCGUCGGCGCAGGCAAUGCUGGUCUGGUGGUGGCCAACCGCCUGACGGAGGACUCAAACAUUAACGUGCUUGUCAUCGAAGCUGGCACUGACACACGCAACGCGCCGCCCGUCUAUAUGGCAAACGAGACAUAUGGACAAACGCAGGGCAAUUCAAAGUACUCGCACAAUUUUGAGACCGUCUUCCAGCCCUUAUCCAGUGACACGCGGCAGCAGUGGUCUGGAAAGGGCCUGGGCGGCUCUACCACCGUCAAUGGUCAAGUUUGGAACGCUCCGAGUAGCGAUGAGGUCAAUGUCAUGGGCCUCAUCAGUGGUAACCGAGCUUUUACGUGGGACAGACUGCUCAAAUACUACAAAAAAGCCCAGAAUCUCAAUGGUCCUUCCCGCGAGCUGGCGACUAUGGGUGUCACGUUCGACAAUGACGUCCAUCAUCGAGGCGGCCCUGUGGACAUUUGCUUCGAUGACAUUAUGUUCAGCGGUCCACCUCAAGUUGCUUUCGUCAAGGGAUGCCUUAGAGCCCACGGCUUGCCCAAAAUUCGCGAUUCGCAAGCAGGCAACCCCAAUGGCGUCUUUUAUGUCCCUACGACGGUGUAUCAGCACCAAAAUCUGAAAAGGGUAAGCUCUGCGACGUCAUAUCUCUCGCCAUAUGAGAAGAUUCGUCCCAAUUUGACAAUCCUGGUCGGUUGGCGGGGCACACGGCUUGAUUGGAGCCAGCAGCAACCAAAAGACUCCAAAUCGUCGUCAAAAAAGCGCAAUGGUCAGCAAAGAGGAUCUUCGAAGCUACUUCGAGCGACAGGAGUCGAUGUACGAGCCGAGAAAGACGGUCCGAUGUACACUAUCUUCGCCUCGAAGGAGGUGAUCGUUUCAGCGGGCGCCAUCCAGUCACCCCUCUUCCUCGAGCUUUCAGGCAUCGGGUCGCCAACCAUACUAAACAAGAUUGGUCAAGCCGUCAUCAUACCCCUUCCAGGUGUGGGCACGCACAUGACCGAGCAAUGUCAAGUCGGCAUCAGUGCGAACGUCAAGGAUCGCCGCUGGCGCGGCCAGGGCGCUUCAAGCUCCAUUGCCCAGCCCAACAUGGCCCAACUCUUUCCCCGAAACAUUUCCGCCGUCGCAGCUUACGUCGAAGCCAAUGUGAAUAGGUGGGCUAGUGAGGCUGUCGAAGCGGGUGCUGCCGUCGACAGGAAUGCUCUUGUGGCCGAGUACAAGUUGAUGGCCCGCGGCCUCUUCCGCCGCAAAUGGGCCGCCAGCGAGAACUUUUUCGGCAACGGUUUCUUUGGUGAUGAAAGCGACCUUUCGUCGUCCGUGUACACGCUACACCCAUUCUCCCGAGGAUUCACCCACGCAAGGUCCAUCGACCCAUUUGAUCUACCGAUUGUAGAUCCUCGCUAUUGGACGGCAGAUAUCGACGUCGACAUGGAGGUCGGCGGCAUCCAAGCAGCCGUCAAAGUCUUCAACACGCCAGAAGUAUUGUCGGUGCGCGAGCCAGGCACCCCGGUCCUUCCGGAAAUCAAUGCAACGACGCUUGCACCUUUUGGCGGGAGCGAAUAUGCCUUCUGGCGCAACCACAUACUGAGCACCUACGGGGCCCUGCAGCAUGCCGUGGGCACUUGCAGCAUGAAGCCCAGGCAGCAUGGCGGCGUUGUCGACGGCAACUUCAAGGUGUAUGGCACGGCAAAUGUCCGCGUAGUCGACGCCAGUGUCAUUCCCAUGCAAAUGUCUGCGCACACGCAGGCCAGUGUCUAUGCCUUUGCCGAGUGGGCUAGCGACAUCAUCAAGCAGCAGAGGAUGUAGCCAACGAAGAUUCAGAGCAGACUCGAACAUCGCACCAGCACGCGAUGAUCCUCAUGAAGAUUUUGAUAUCAUCAUAGCCAUUGAUAAUCUUUUCCCUUUUCACACACACACGCAGGGGCACUUUCACUCCCUUUCCAAGCACGCAUGUGAGAUGCUCCGUGUAUCUCCUUUGAUCAUCAUCUUAGACAUUGUUACCACCCCAUGCCAUGACAUAUCUUCUGAGCGAGAGC